CUGUAUAUGUUUUUUUCUUUUAUUUUUUUUUGCCUUAAAAUAAUUUUUGUUGUUUUGUUUCAACUUUCACUGAACUCGUGUUUGUUUUCUCUUUUAAAAAAUGACUGUAAAACUGUAUCAUUUUCCAUUUAGCGGCCCUUCUCGUGGUGCAUUGCUUGCUGCUAGAUCAAUUGGCGUGCCUAUAGAAAUAGAGAUAGUGGACUUAUUCAAAAAAGAACAACUCAAGGAAAGUUUUAUAAAGUUGAAUCCUCAACAUUGCAUACCAACGUUGGACGACGACGGUUUUGUUCUCUGGGAAAGCCGAGCGAUUGCGAGCUACUUAGCUGAUAAGUUUGGCAAGGAUGACCUUCUUUAUCCUAAAGAUUUAAAACGGCGCGCCCUUGUAAACCAGAGACUGUAUUUUGAUAGCUCUUCUCUUUACGUGAAAAUAAGAGCGAUUUGUUUCCCAAUACUUUUUCAUGGAGAAACGGAGAUAAAACCAAACCUGAAAGAUGACCUCAAUUCAACCCUUGCUUUUCUUGAGCAGUUUUUGAGUGAAAGCAAAUGGGUAGCUGGUGAUAAUGUCACCAUUGCAGACACAUCUAUCUAUGCAUCUUUGUCUAGCAUACUUGCUGUAGGAUGGGACAUUUCAAAGUUCUUGAAUAUCACCCGUUGGGUCAAACAAUGUGAAUCUCUACCUGGUUAUGCUGAGAAUGAAGAAGGAGCUAAGGCAUUUGGAGAAGCUGUCAAGAAGAACCUUAAACAGUAAAAGCCAUUAUUACAAAUAUAACAUUUGUUGUAUAUUUUUCAAUUAAAUCUUAUGAUAAAAACAUUAUUAUGUUAACACUGUUUUAUCUGCAAAACUUCAUCACUAACUGUUGUUCAUUUCUAACUUUUCUCCUUAUAAUUAUCUCAGAAGUAAACCCUAGUGCUGCCAUGAUUGCAGCUACUUCAUCUGGAAUGUUUUCUUCGAUCAGCAAAAGAUAAAAUGUGCCGUUGCGUGCUAGCUUCUUUGGUAUCAUAUCCAGUAGUUUAUCGGUCACCUCUCGACCUUUCACUCCUCCUGCCCAACUUGCAGUGAUAUCUUUGCCACCACACUCGUCACUUUCGGUCACCACAUAUGGUGGAUUAAACAAUAUAACAUCAAACAUGUGAUCAGUGAAAGAAUCAACCAGAUUCAUAUUCACAGAGUCCAAGAUCACCUUAUUAUGAUUGGCUGUACUUC